UUUGGAUCUAUGAUAAUGUUUGCCUCAUAUAACCGUUUUGAUAACAAUUUCUUACACGACACAUUAGCUGUAUCUUUGGUGAAUGCGGUUACUAGUCUCAUUGUGGGAAUAUUUACCUUCGCUACAAUUGGAAACAUUGCUUUUGAACAGAAUACACCUGUAAACGUUGUCAUUGCUGAUAGUCCAGGGUUACUAUUUGUUGUAUACCCUCAAGCAAUCGCAAAAAUGCCAGCAUCACAGUUGUGGGCAGUUUUAUUCUUCUUCAUGUUUCUGUGCCUAGGUCUAAACAGUCAGUUUGCCAUUGUAGAAGUCGUAGUGACUUCUAUACAAGACGGAUUUCCGGAUAUGAUACGAAAGCGACUUGUAUACCAUGAACUAUUAGUUCUAUGCGUUUGCGCCGUUUCUCUCGUUUUUGGAUUGCCUCACAUCAUACAUAGCGGCAUUUAUAUUUUUCAAUUAAUGGACUUCUAUGCCGCUUCACUGAGCAUUACGUAUCUUGCUUUCUUCGAAGUGGUCGGUAUAGCUUGGUUUUAUGGAGUGGAUAGAUUGUCCAGAAACAUCAAACAAAUGACUGGUCAGUGUCCAUCGCUGUAUUUUCGAUUUUGCUGGCUAAUAGCGGCACCAGCUUUGCUAUUGGCGCUAUGGGUGGCUAGCCUCGUUGACUACACACCUCCCAGCUAUCGCCAAUAUCAGUACCCGACUUGGGCACAAGUGCUCGGCUGGAUUAUAGCAUCACUGUCUCUACUCUGCAUACCUGUUUAUGCCAUUGUAGUUAUCGUACGAUCACCUGGAAAUACUUUUAGAGAAAAAUUCCGCAAUUCUAUUCGUCCGACGUCAUUAUGCGAUUGUGGUAUCACUGGUUGUGAUUUAUGCUGUUCAGAAUCUGAACCGCCUGAUGAUAAAGCUAUUAACUAGUCCUCAACUAAAUUCGGUCUAGUUACUAGAAGCAAUUAUUAGCGUUGUGAUUUUAACUACAUAUUGUGUAGUUUGUGUGUUUACGACGUUUA